GCUAGGACAGAUCUCAACUUGUUCUACUGAUGGAUCAUACGCCUUCCGAUCUGGCUAACGGAUUUGUCAGGCCAUUUUGGGAAAACCAGGUUAUAAAAGAAAAUGGCCAACUUAUGUCAAAUGGUAUUCCUCUUGGCGAAACCAAUGUCACAAAUCGACAAUUUUCAUCUUCAAAAGGGGAUAGUUCAGAAGCGAAUGAAUUCUUACUUAAUCAUCAACAAAGGUUGGAAAACUCCAUGGUGAAUGCCGUGAGGGAUAAUAACUUUUUGGCUCUUGAGGUUACUCUUAAUCAUUACAUAGAACUUUUAAACUUAGAUGAUUUUUGUGGUGAAAGUAAUGCUAUUGACGAUUGUGAGACGCAGAGGCCGCAGAACUUUCUUCCCCUGGUUGUGGCUGCGCAUCUUGGUAGCUAUGAAGCUAUCAAUGUUUUUCUGUCUAAGGGAUUCGAGCUUGAAAAACCACACGAUGUUCUCUGUAAAUGCGAGAUUUGUCAGGAAGACUUAUUCCGCGUUUCUCAAAAGCGCCUCGAUAUUUAUCGUGCACUAGCAAACCCUGUUUAUAUUUCGAUAACGUCCAGUGAUCCGUUYAUUACGACUUUUAAGUUAAUCAAUGAGCUACAAACUCUUGCUUUUCGCGAGGAUGAGUAUGAAAAAGACUACCUAGCAUUGUCACAGCAAUGUUGUCAGUUUUCGCUAGGUUUGUUGGACGAAUGCCGAACAUCUAGAGAACAGAAUAGCAUAUUAAAUUAUCCUGGAAUCGACGCUUCGGACGAAGAGUUUGCCGAGGGAAAUCUUGGUUUAGUGAAUUGUGCGAUUUCAUACAAUCAAAAAGAGUUCGUUGCACACCCGUUCUGCCAACACCUCAUUAUGCAGCACAUAUUUGGGGACAUCAGUAAAUGGAGGACCAGCAGCUUUAUGUACCGCGCCCUUUACGUCAUCGCACAAGUAAUAAUAUUCCCGGUUAUGGCCUUCAUGUAUAUUUUCUUUCCAUUUCUUCCGUUCAGCCGUAAGAUCAAGAGACCUUUGGUCAAAUUCAUCAAUCAUACAGCCUCGUUUAUAGGGUUCUUGUGUCUAUUGGCAGUAUCAUCGCAUCAUAAGUUCAAAAUACGAUUCCAAGAAACACCGUCCCUCCUGGAAACUUUUAUCUUAUUGUGGAUACUUGGUAUUGCCUGGUCAGAAUGUAUCCAGGUACAUAACGAUGGUCUCAAAAGAUACUUAAGUAGCGGCUGGAAUUGGAUGGAUAUGGCCAUGGUAUUUUUCAUUCUAGGCGCGUACAUUCUCUGGUCUCUAAUGAUUGCAUUUAACCUAAGUGAGCCUGAAACAUUAYCCCAUGACAUCGUUCUMAGCGCCGCGGACGGUUUGUACUCGUUCGGUGUCGUUGCAAGUUUUUUUCGUCUCGUCUACUUGUGUCAGAUCAGUCGAUACCUUGGAUUACUUCAGCUCAGCUUAAGCCGCAUGGUUCGCGUCAUUUUUCAGUUUGCGUUCAUCAGCAUUGUUAUGCUUGUGUCUUUCUCUGUUGCUAUGACAAUGCUAUAUAGCGUGUCUUUUGAGGCAUAUGGUGGGGAGAGGCCUAAAGUGACUUACAACUCGACUAUGAAACUCGAAAGCGUCUUGGAUAAGGGAUAUCACAAUCUGCUAACUACAAUGGUUACACUGAUGUGGGCUAGCCUAGACAUGGUGGAUCUUAAUAGCCUCAAUGUAUUCAAAGGCCAAAGUUUAAUUCAGUUCUGGACGGCAGCACUGUUUACACUCUACCAUGCAUCCUCUAUGAUUGUAUUACUGAACAUGCUCAUUGCAAUGAUGAGCAAUUCAUAUCAACAGGUUGAGGACAACAUUGAAACUGAAUACAAGUUUGCAAGGACACAGCUAUGGGCAGAUUAUAUUGGAGAUAGCGUUCCYACAUUGCCUCCUCCUCUAAACCUCCUUCCAACUCCUAAGUUCGUUCUCAAACAGUUUUCAAAAGUUACCUACAAGUUCUUUGGCAUUCCUAAAACUGAGCCAUGUUUUCCUGGGCAUCGAUUCAAAGUUUACGACGCAGCAAGAAUGGAUGCAGACCAAAAGAAACAAGAAUAUAAGAACACUGUGCGAGAGUUACUUCGACGUUAUUGGGCAAGGCGGAGAAAAGAAAAUCAACCUCAGCUGAUCAACGACCAAAAUCAGUUACUAGCUAUGCACAACAUCAAAGARGAGGUGUCCGACAUGCUUAGCGAGAUAAGAAACAUUUUGAAGGCAAGAGGACGGGCAAAAAGUCGCGAUCGUCUAGCGCGAUUGGAGGAGAUUUCGGAAAAGGAAACCGUUCGUGUAGAAUUCCACAAUCAAGUGAUYUCUCCAUCAAUGACGAAUAACAAGAAGCAAUUARCUAACAAYCACAUUGGAGAAAUGACAUCAUCACCGAAUGACAUCAUGGUACAGGACUCAAAUCACAAUACAACAGAAGAGGCAAGUGCCUUACCUUAACAAGAACCAGUUAAUCUACAGAUAGUUACUAYUAGUGGUUCCGUGGCCAGUCCAGGAGAGAAGCAACCAUAAACCAACAAUAGACUUGAAAGUGGAGACAACAAAACUAUAAAUUAUGUCUAAGUGCUUGAUAAUGAAAAAUUGCAGUUUGUACUCAAAACCUGAAACAGCUAAAGMAACUUUUGCGCUCAUCGAAGUAGUGCUAAAGUCUACAUUUGAAUUUUAUAGUCUGCAUGGAAAUUGUUAUGUGUGAAAUAUUCAAUUAAUAAUUCCAUUAGGUGAAAAAACACAUGCUUCAUGCCUUGUGGAAUACCCAACCACUGAACCUUUCCACUGACUUUCCCAGUGAUUACCAGCAAUUCCAGGAAGCAGGCCAAUAACCCGAUAACAAUGAAAUUUUCAAUGCCUGUAAAUAUAUAGUUAGGACAAUCAGAUAUUUUUACAAACAUUUUUAUAUAAUAAGGAAGGCAAAAAUGCUUGAUAGAGAAAUUAGAAUUUAAAAAGCUCACGCCCUCCUGAAAUACGCAUAUAGGACAAAUUGUAGGAACAUGACAUGCCUGGAAUUGACAUGUCAAAUUAGUUCAACAAAUGAAAGUUUGUAACUAGUAGGCGACGUUUUUGCCACAAAAUCACAAUUCUACACAGRUUUAACGUUCACAGCUUUUUUUGGCCAGGGAAAUGUAAAUUCUGUAAAUCUGUUUCGAUGUUAAUUGUCUGACGACAACGCUCGCUGUAGAAUUUAGCGCCUGCUCGCCGACAACAAUGACUAGAUUUUGCAUUUUUGACGAACAUUUAUUUAUUGUUUUUAACUGUAGGAACUCUUGUACACCAUUUUCAUAAGCAUUAUUUAUAAAGCAAAGAAUUAAACAGAAAUUAAAACUAUUGUCUUUAUUGAAUAGGAACCUGGCCGGAUUUAAUUUUGAAUAUUGAAUGACAACUGAAUUUACAGUGUGGGAUGCAACAACUAUGAAAACCGGUGUACAGCUUGAAAAAAUCAUGAAAAUGAUCGACAUAUGUUUUCACGUCUUUCCACAAUUAAAUUCAGUUUUUGAAAGAGUAGAAAAAAGACAAUAUUUACAAAUUGGUCCAGUGGUUGCCUUUGUAGCUUGAUAUUGUAAAUUAGUUUGAAAUUGCAUUUACUAUUUACUACUGAAGAAAAUAAAGCUGUUUAUAACCAG